UUCCGUAUUUUUCAAUAUUGAAAACAAAAUCAACUCAAAACUUCUUAGUAUAGUUAAAAAAAGCAUAAAUUUCUAACGCCUCUUCAGCAGGCAAGACAGUAAAAGUGUAUAUUAUGAAUAUUGAUUAUGUUUUACUAAUUAUUUCAUUUCAUUUAGGCACGAAGGGCGCCACAUGCGUAUAUCAAAGAACUGACAUAACAGCUGAAGCUCAGGAUGCUCUGUACCGUUCGUUUAUUACAGAUAAAUCUGUAAUAUCCGACAUAUCUGUGCUCACGUGACUAAAAAAUCCGUCCGCUCUCGGAUGCUAUUGCCGAACGCGCUAUAAGAAUUGAACGCUUACAAAUCAACGAGAGCGUUAAUGCACUAUCUAUAUUCUAAGUGGUGCAUAAACCCACCAUAUAGAGCAUAGACAAAUAUUCAUUUAUCUAUGUCAUUAUCUACAUCUACUUAUCUAUGGUUGUUAUUUCUUCAUGAAGAGUGUCGUGGGUAUAUAAAUAUUUUUAGUCGGGGAAGAAAAGACAAGCUUCAUGCUUACGUGCACAUUUCUCGAAUUGUACUUGUACAUAUUUAUUUUCACAAUUAAGAAUUUACGAAGUGUUGAAGCCAGAAAUGGAAACAUACUCAAAAAUUUUCCUAGAUGAAAUUAAUCAUCACAGAGUAAAGAUUGAAAUGGGAGAAGAUGAUAGCUAUGAAAAAGGAAACUCAUUUGACUUGGACCAGAGGAAGAGUCCAAAUUUUCAGGACACAACUGAUUGGGGGCAUAUUGAUGAAAAGACUGAAUUCAUAGAUAUUGUUCAGCAUUACACUGAUGAGAAUGGAAUAAGAUCGUCUAUUAAAUAUGAAAAAGGGGAAUUGGCUUUAAACCAGAAAAACAAUCUCGAAGGGCAUAUAGAUGCUGUCCAUUUGAAUGAAAGAGAUGAUUAUGCAGCCAACCAUAAAGUUCAACUCAAAAUUCAUAUCGAUUCUGUCCAUUUGAAUAAAAAAAAACAUAAAUGUUACUUAUGUGAUUAUCGGAGACCAGAGCUGAAACGUCUACAACAAAGAGGAUAUUGCGAACAACUGAAAAGGAAGACCCUUAGAACAAUAACGGGAUACAAACUGGCGGACAGACAGAGAAAUUCUGUUAUAAGAGAGAAGUGCCAAGUGGACGAUGUGGUCAGAUGGAUAAGGAAGAGGCGGAGAGAGUGGAACCAUCAUGUGAACAGAAUGAGCUUAGACAGAAUGGCAAAGUUCACCAGGGGACAACAAACCCCCAUUAAAUGA